AUGCUGGGAGACAAGAAGAAGUCGAGCCGUCGGCUGUCGAGUCUGUUCGGAUCAUCUGGAUCGUCCGAGCCAUCAGGGUCUACGGAUACGAAGCUGAGCCCAACGCCUACCUCGUCAGAGUCAAGCAGCCGCCUGACCAAAGUGCGCAACCGCCUCUCUUCUGCGACACACCUCACGCCCGAAUAUCCCCCACCAGCUGCGCCCACAUCUCCACGUCAGGUGUCUCUAUCCAACCCCACUAUCCAACCAGUUGAGCCUGCCGACCUUGAGCCCCUCGAGCCGCCGCCGCCGCUUGACGUCCCUUCGCGCGCAUCGUCUCCAGCUAGUAGCCGACCAGGAACACCGAGCUUGGAUCCAUCCCCUGAGGGCAAGCUGAAGAAACUGCGCAGGAAGAGCGGCCUAUUUGGAGCUCCCCCAAAUGGCAUUGAGGGAAUAGGUGGCGCGCAUAGCCGGACAUCGUCAGGCAAUGCUAGCCCGCUUGCGUGGAUAGUUGGACACAAGGGCAAAGUGCCAUACAACCUGACGUUUUUGUUAAACGGUGAAAAGGUACCUGAACUAUGGGACGAUGCAGGAGACACAUUUGUCUACCUCUUUCCCCGCACAUCUGACAAGGGCCCCUCCUUCCGUAUCGACUCCUCCGUCUACGCAGCAUCGCAGCAGCUCACCCGACUUGUACACGGCAGCCUCUACAGCGAUGCAAAUGUGCCUCCGCUAGACCUGGCGGACAGGACGUCGCGACGUGUGUCCCGCGACGCUUAUGGCGAACAGUCACGGACCGGGUCCCCCGACCAAAGUCAGAUAGGAAGCUCGGACGAAUCCAUAUCCAAAGGGUCCAGAGCGCUAAGCGACGCCAUAGAGGACGAGUACACCGAGAAGCAUCUCUACAUGCCGAUCUCGCUGAGCUCAGACUCUGCCAUUACUCCUCAAGAACCACGACUCAACGCAAACGAUACCGACACAUUGGUCACGUACCGCAACUUCUUCGCUUUCCUCAUUGGACAAUCGCUGGUCGCUACGGAGCGUCAUUCGGACAUAUUCGACAUAUUCUUGCGGAUAGGCGACAUACUAUCGCACUAUGCUUUCUCCAACGUCGACGGAUCCACCUUUGGUGAAGUCGCUGCUUCGAGCUUUGACUGCUAUGUGGACGAAUUGACCCUUGCAGAUGUCCGCCACAGCCGCGAGAAGACCAUAGAAGCCAUCGUACUGGGAGAAAAGUUGCGCUCCAUGUCACUGUACACGGAAGGCUUCGUCCACGCUGCUGGAAAGUACGACAGCAUCAAAGAGCUAGACUCGCCCAAAUUUGCCAUGGUCAGCCCCAAGAGUGCUACGCGGCUAACCCGUGCUGCUAUGGAUCUGGACAACCGCGAAGCCACCGUCAAUGGAAAGCUCAAAGACUUUGAGUUUCCAAAUAUCUUCGCCGGUAUCAUGAACAGCGCCAUGGCAAGCGAAGGCAAGGUCAUUAGCUUCAAGAAAUGGAGGGCUGCCUUCAUGACGACCAAGUCAUUCGUUAUGGACUACUACAGGCACAAGUACGGUUCAUGGCUACCGAAAGCCAAGUCGAAGAAGAACAACCUGACCACGAGCGGUCUCAACCGACUGGUGUUGCUGGAGAUUUACCGCGACAUGUCCAACUUAUAUGACCUCCUCGUAGACAGGAAGAACUUGACCAACCGCACCGCGGAUGGCUUUAUCGCAGAAGACGAGGGAACGGAUAUCGAAUCCAUCGUUGCGCGUGCGCUUCGAAAAGUCUUGAGCGAAUACGAUCGUAGCACUCCACCAGUCGCGCCACCGAUUCCUUUUGAUCUACCGCUAUACCCCAUCUCGCAGAACGCAAAGACGGGCGACAAGAAGAAGGACGCGAAAGCGCGUGGGAAGAAGCUGCAUAAAGAUGAUGUCGCGAAACUGCUAAAGCAAUCGCAUAACGCAGACGCCGAGCAGCAGACACCAUUUUUGGAGGCUUUCCGCCAGUUUGAGUUUAAGCAAGCCACAGGCUCUAACAUGGACGACAUGUGGGACAUGCGGUCGGGACAGUGGCUAUUUUUGUACGCCGUCAUCCAGUCACUACCCAUGUUGGUCGUAGACGCACCCGGCGUGCGGUUUACCGAGGGCGUAGAGUACUUUUUGUGCGAGGUUCCUCGAAGCGGUGUACCGUGGGCUCGGGAGGACACAACACGAUCUCGAACAUGGUUCGGUGUAGCAGGAGGAGCACAGGUCGUCAGCUUACCAACAGAUGUUGUCGAACACGGAGUUGAGGGCACCUUCCGAAGAUCUCACUGCUGGAAGAAGGCACAAGAAUGGGCAGCGGACGAUACACUUCUCAACGCCGCAAUGCAGGAACUUAACGCGGAAGCUUCGCCGUUACCGCCGCCACCUGGUUUCCUUGACCCUUCAGCGGCUGCUCGUGGUCGCUCUCAGAGCCCGGACCGUCGGCGUGAGAGUGUCAUGAACCUAGGAUUGGAAGCGUUACCUCUGCCUCCUGGUGUAGCUCCGCCAAUGCCCAUGGGCUCGCCCUCGCUGAGACCGGCAUCAAAUCAUGACCCUAACAAGACAUUCGACGACAUACUUGGAACGACGCCUGACAGUGGCAAGUCUAAGAAGAAGAAGAAAUGA